AGAGUCUAGCGGUGCCGUUUCCAGCCACUAAGUCUUGGGGAAACACAUCAGAUAGCCAUGAAGAAGCCGGAUUUAAUCUGGUCUGACAAAGCUCCGUUUAUUUGGAUGAAAACCGCGAGAAAUGUCGCGGUAGUUUUGAUGAAGACGUUAUCUCUUACUUUUGUGGUCAUCCUAUCGAAAAUUCCUUUUUUGAGAAAAUUGACGCAGCCAAAGAGAAAAGCUAACGCUGUUCCUGGAACAGAGACACUCGAUUUGAACUUUUCAUACCGAACCAUCAAAACAUGGAUCCGUGUCAGACUGAGCGAUGCACUUAUAAGGAGAACAUCUCUUGGUGGUAAGGCCCCGAACACAAGUCUGUAUGACAUGGACACGAAAUCUUAUAAAAAACUCUACAGUUUCCAAAAAGCGGGACGCCCUCUGGUGCUGAACUUCGGAAGCUGUUCCUGACCUCCGUUUAUAGCAAAGGUCGAGGAGAUCAAGAAGAUCAUCCGCGACUUUGCUGACAUCGCCGAUUUCUUGACCAUCUACAUCCGGGAGGCACAUCCCGUGGAGGGAUGGCAAGUUCUCGGACACCAGUUUCAGGAUAUGAAGGAUCAUAGAAACCUAGAGGACAGGGUCGAGGCCGCGGAAAUGCUCCAGGACUUUGAUCUGAAAUGCCCGAUACUGGUUGAUCCCAUGGAUAACCAGAACGCACUUCAGUAUGGGGCUGUGCCGGAACGUUUGUAUAUCCUUUAUGAUCAUACGGUGAUGUACUUUGGUGAUUCUGGACCGGAAAACUACAAACCGGACGCAGUGAGGAGUUGGUUGACACGUUUCCGGAACGAGGCGUAAAUUGCAAGGACUUUGACUACUUACAUGAGUGCUUGGUUUUGAUGCAUAGUUGAUGAACCACCCGGUAGCUGGGGUAGAAGUGAGCUUAUGGACUUUUUCAUACUUUAUAGAUUAGAGAAAAUGUUUGACUGUUGAUGUAUUGUAACUGAUUCCUGUGAUUAUGAUGUUUUAUUGCCAUAUAACCUAUACUUAUCUAUACUUUAUCAGUCUUAUUAUAAUAGAAACAUUACAAAUGACUGAUGAAUUUCCAUUGGUAAAACAGUAACACCUUUGGAAACGAUGGAUUCAUUAGUACGUCUCUAUUUUAACAUAGAUAUUUUGGUGUACCUAUGAUAUACCUUUAAAACAAGUAUUUGAUAAGACGUGAUGCACGGCUGGUAUCGGGUAAUAGGCAGUUGUACAUUGUAGGAUAGCUGAACGGUGUGAUUAGUCGUGAGAAUAUAAUAAAACAGGAAUUUUAACACUGCUUCUUAUUAUGAUUAGUAAAUAAAAUGCAUUGUAAAUCAA